AUGAUGUACCAGCUGUGCGUCUAUCUUGCCCUGCUCGGUGGCCUAGUUUCAACCUCACCAUUGAACCAUCACGCUGAGGAAGAAUACGAUCCGAUGCACCCUCAGCGGUUCCUGUUCGAGGAGAUACUGCCAGCAACAGACCAACGCACCAAGCGCUCGUCCGCAACAAUGCCGAAACUGCGCUUUGAACCACCGACCCUCACCGAACACCAUGCACAGUAUUGGAACAACCUCGCGCAAGACAUUCUCGACCGCCAGCUGCACAAGAACAACCUCAACCGGAAGGUGGCCAAGAAUGUAAUCAUGUUCCUCGGUGAUGGACUCUCCAUACCCACGCUGGCUGCCACACGCGUCUACAUCGGUGACGAAAGUACCGAGCUCUCGUUCGAGCGGUUCCCGUACGUGGGUCUCUCCAAGACGUACUGUGCCAAUGUGCAAGUCGCUGAUUCGGCAUGCACAGCUACCGCAUACCUGGCUGGCGUGAAGGCUAACUACGGUACGAUCGGGCUUACGGCGGCCGCUGCCCUCGGGGACUGUCAGGCACAGAACGAUACCGCCAACCAUGUACAUUCCAUUGCCAAAUGGGCCCAGGAUGCAGGCCUUGCUACCGGAUUCGUAACGACCACCGAGGUAACGAAUGCUUCACCGGCCGGCGUUUACGCCCAUACGGCGAAUCGUAACUGGGAGUCUAAUGACGCUAUCGAGAAGGACGGCUUUGAUCCGACCGUUUGCCAAGAUAUUGCCACCCAGCUUAUCCAUGGCCCUGUCGGCAAACAAAUGCGAGUUAUCAUGGGAGGAGGCCGCCGACAGUUCCUGCCCACCCACGAAGCCGACAUCGAAGGCAUCCGAGGCAAGCGUACCGACGGGGAGGAUUUAAUUAAACACUGGCAACAUCAUCACUCCCAUCACCGAUCUGCAUACGUGCAGAACCGUAUCCAAUUACUCGAGACUGACACGGAACGGGGAGAGCUGGACUAUCUGCUCGGGCUAUUCAGCAGCAAGCAUCUUCCCUAUCAUCUCGAUGCGGACGAACGGCAGAUACCCACGCUGGCCGAGAUGGUAUCGAAGGCGAUGGACAUUCUCGAGCGCAAUGACAAUGGCUACUUUCUAUUUGUGGAAGGUGGCCGGAUUGAUCAUGGGCAUCAUUACACUCAGCCGAUAAGAGCCUUCGACGAGACGGUCGAGUUUGCCAAAGCUAUCGAGAUGGCACGCAGCCGCACGAGCCAGGAUAAUACCCUGAUUGUCGUAACAGCGGAUCACUCGCACACGAUGACAAUGAGCGGCUACUCGAGUCGCAAAAAUGACAUACUCGGAGUUAAUAAUGGCCAGCGGGCGGACGACGAGCUGCCGUACGCCACCAUCAGCUACGCCAACGGCCCGGGCUACGAUCGAAACGUGCAGCGCGAAGCACGGCUCGACCUGAACCGGGUCGACAUGCGGGACAAAUCGUUCGCCUUUCCGAGCACGGUGCCGCUCGGGUUGGAAACGCACGGUGGCGACGAUGUGGCCGUUUUCGCCAGCGGUCCCUGGGCGCAUCUGUUCAGCGGUACCUACGAGCAGCAUUUUAUACCGCACGCGAUGGCGUAUGCGGCCUGCAUUGGCCCGGGGCGAACGUCCUGCACCACCAGCGAACAAUCGUAA